AUAAUAUGAUUAAUGGCCUUGCAACAGGAUUUCUUAAAAACAUAGAGAAAAAAAUAAAGAUUUCCAUUAAUAAUGUGCAGUCUGUAGCUGUGCAUCAACAUCACUGUGAACUUGUGUGUAAGCCACAGACAGACAAGAUUUUGAAACAAAUUUGCUCCUGUCUUUGGGGUUUCUGUACAUAUGUGCUCUCUCUCCAAGAACCUGAGGGCAGCGCUCUCCAGUCGGGAAAGUGGACAUCGCGGGCCCUGCUUACAAGAACCGAGCACUGUUUUACUACGUGGCACCAUGGAAACGGCUCCAGGCGAAUGAACUACCUCAAGCUCAGGUCACCGCCUAGAGGGCUGCCGCUGGACACGCACGUGGUGAGAGCUCUGCGAGUGGCCUUGUGACGCCAACCCCCGUCGGCAUCCAACGCCCGAGAAUUCUUCCCGAGCGUCCUCCUUGGCGGCGGGCGGGGACGCGGAGCGCGGCGGGCGGGGACGCGGAGGGCGGCCCAGGACCGCGGCAUCCGGAGGCGGCCGUCGUGCGGCUGCUUCCCGCCUCGAGAGCGAGGCGGCAGGGCCGUGACGAGGAGGCCCACGCCUCCCGCGGGGGUGGCUCGCGACGGCGGCACGGGGUCGAGUCCCGCCUGGGCUCCUCCCGGCGAAGCGGGACUAACGCCCCCUCAGGGCGGCAGGACGCACCGCUAGGCCUCCGCGCCGGAAGCCCACAGCCGCCGGGGGCGCCGGGGCACCAGGGGCUCCCGGCUUCUCCUCAGCCCAGGACACCGCGUCCUCGGGUGGGCUCGAGGGACACCUGGGCACGGCCGGCCGAGCCUUCUGAGGGCCCCACGGUCAUUUUUGGACCUCAAUCCUAGCUCCCUAGGAGCCCCGGGACGUCGCGCUCUCGCCUCAGGCUCGGGCCCACGCGCCCGCCCGACUGCCCGGCUGCCCGGCUCGCGGUGAGAAGCUCCCCCGCCCCGCCCCCCGCCUGACGCGCAGCCAGUCGGGCCAAUCACAGCUCGCGGCGCGCGCCCCCGCGCGGGUCCCGCCCUCACCCCAGCUUAAGAAAGGGAGCGCGGGCCAGCCGGGCCAGAGCGCCGCGCGGGGCUGAGGGUGCGGCUACGCGACGGCACUUGGCGCCAGCCCCGCGCUCCACGCGCCUGGCCGCAGCCGGCUGCUGAGGCGCCUCCAGCCGCGCGCCCCGACGGCGCCUCCCGCCGUUGAUGCUGAGGUGAGCGCGGCGGCUCUGGGAUGCUGGCGUUGCUGGCCGCCGGCCUGGCGCUAGCCGUGGCCUCCAGGGCCCAGAACAGCCCGGUGCCCGGCAGCCGCUUCGUGUGUACCGCGCUGCCCCUGGAGGCGGCUCGAGCCGGGUGCGUGCAGCCCGCGAUGCCCAUGCAGGGCCCCGAUGCCCAUGCGGGGCCGGGCCCCGAUGCCCAUGCAGGGCUGGGCACCGAGGAGGAGCUGAGGGCCGCGGUGCUGCAGCUGCGCGAGACCGUCGUGCAGCAGAAGGAGACGCUGGGCGUGCAGCGCGAGGCUAUCCGCGAGCUCACGGACAAGCUGGCGCGCUGCGAGGGGCAGACGAGCGGCAAGGCACGGGGCGCGGAGGCCACGGGCAAGGAAACUAUGGGCGACCUGCCGCGGGAAUCCGGACACGUCGUGGAGCAUCUCAGCCGUUCGCUGCAGACCCUCAAGGACCGCCUGGAGAGCCUCGAGCACCAGCUUAGAGGGAAUGUGCCUGACGACUUCCGCGAGGUGCUCCAGCGGCGGCUUGGGGAACUGGAGCAGCAACUGCACCACAAGGUGGCUGAGCUGGAGGAAGAGAAGUCCCUGCUCCACAACGAGACCUCGGCUCACCGGCAGAAGACCGAGAACACCCUGAACGCGCUGCUGCAGAGGGUGACCGAGCUGGAGCGAGGCAGCAGCGCCUUCAAGUCGCCAGAUGCCUUCAAAGUAUCCCUCCCCCUCCGCACAAACUACCUGUAUGGCAAGAUCAAGAAGACGCUGCCCGAGCUGUACGCCUUCACCAUCUGCCUGUGGCUGCGGUCCAGUGGCUCGCCAGGCAUCGGCACCCCGUUCUCCUAUGCCGUGCCCGGGCAGGCCAACGAGAUCGUGCUCAUAGAGUGGGGCAACAACCCCAUCGAGCUGCUCAUCAAUGACAAGGUCACACAGCUGCCCCUGUUUGUCAGUGACGGCAAGUGGCACCACAUUUGUAUCACCUGGACGACGCGGGACGGCACAUGGGAAGCUUUCCAGGAUGGGGAGAAGCUUGGCACUGGGGAGAACCUGGCCCCCUGGCACCCCAUCAAGCCAGGGGGUGUGCUGAUCCUUGGGCAGGAGCAGGACACCGUGGGGUCCAGGUUCGAUGCCACUCAGGCAUUCGUGGGCGAGCUCAGCCAGUUCAACGUAUGGGACCGCGUCCUUCGCGCGCAGGACGUUGUCAACAUCGCCAACUGCUCCACGAACAUGCCGGGCAACAUCAUCCCGUGGGUGGACAACAACGUCGACGUGUUUGGGGGGGCGUCCAAGUGGCCCGCGGAGACUUGUGAGGAGCUUCUCCUCGACUUGUAGCCGUCUGCUCCUCCGUCCGGGCAGCCGGGACCACGUUGACAUGCCCAUCCCAACAUUGUAUGCUACGAGAACUCUCCUGAUGAUGGAAUUCUGAUUAAAGUGCACUGAAGAUGC